CGAUGAGGAAAUUAGUUUAAUCUCAGUUUGUCGGUGAUUGGGGUUCGGUGAGGUUUACGUUGUGUUUACGAGAUAACGGGCUCGUAUCCAGAACCCCCGACCCCACCGGACAGCAGCGUGUCCGUUACCGAUACAGUUGAGGCAUGGCGAAUGCGGGACAGAAAGUGGUACUAAUUACCGGCUGCUCCUCCGGUAUCGGGUUGCGGAUGGCCGUGAUGCUGGCCAAGGAUGAGAAGCAACGGUAUCACGUCAUAGCGACCAUGCGUGACCUGAAGCGUAAGGAGAAGCUGGUGGAGGCAGCGGGGGAGGCGUAUGGACGCACGCUGACCCUGGCCACGCUGGACGUCUGCACGGACCAGUCUGUCACAGACUGUAUCAACAGCAUCAAGGAUCGCCAUGUAGACGUGCUCAUCAACAACGCGGGGAUCGGUCUGGUGGGGCCUCUGGAGAGCAUCCCCAUGCAGGAGAUGAAACAGGUGUUUGAGACCAACGUGUUCGGUGUGAUCAGGAUGAUCAAGGAGGUGAUGCCAGACAUGAAGAGGAGGAGAGGAGGCCACAUCAUCGUGAUCAGCAGCGUGAUGGGCCUACAAGGGGUGGUGUUUAACGAUGUGUAUGCAGCGUCUAAGUUUGCUAUUGAGGGCUUCUGUGAGAGUUUGGCUGUGCAGCUGCUCAAGUUCAACGUCACCAUGUCCAUGAUCGAGCCAGGCCCAGUGCAUACAGAGUUUGAGGCUAAGAUGAUUGAGGAUGUUCGUCAGAAGGAGUUUCCAGGAGCAGAUGCAGACACAGUCAACUACUUCAAGAACGUGUACCUGCCCUCCUCCCUCGACAUCUUCCAGACCCUGGGGCAGAACCCCGAUGACAUCGCCAGGGUGACCCAGAAGGUGAUAGAGUCGGACAGUCCCCACUUCAGGAACAUGACCAACCCCCUGUACACUCCCAUCGUGGCCCUGAAGUACGCAGACGAGACCGGGGGCCUGUCAGUGAAGGCCUUCUACCACAUGCUGUUCAACCUGGGGCCCCUCAUGCACUUCAGCAUGAAGGCCAUGCAGUACCUCACCUGUGGCUGUCUGAGGGGCAGAGCCGUGGCCCCGCACUGACACACACACACUGAUACACAUAUACACACACUGAUACACAUAUACACACACUGACACACAUAUACACACACUGAUACACAUAUACACACACUGACACACAUAUACACACACUGAUACACAUAUACACACACUGACACACACACACUGAUACACAUAUACACACACUGAUACACAUAUACACACACUGACACACACAUUCACACACUGACACACAUACUGACUAACACACACACACUGAUACACGUAUACACACACUGAUUAACACACACACACAGGUACAAACACACUCACACUCUGAUACACAUAUACACACACGCAGACAUACAUACACAGUACAUGUAAGGUAUAGAUGCACACACUCUUGAACUGCUGCCAUACUUUUUACUUUAGAUCUAUAUCACCCUGGAGAAGGCUGAUGAAUGACGCAAAGACAGAUGGAAACACUUAACCAAUCAUGAAGGACAUUCAAUAAAUCUAUUUCGAGAUUAAAGUCAAUAGCUUAAU